AUGGCGCGGCAGCGCACAGUCCUCGCCCUGGCUAUGGCCUUGGCAGCUCUCUGCUAUUCGGUGGGCUUUGUGGGCCAGGGCAUGCAGCCCACGGGGCGCGUCCCACAGACCGCCGCACGUGCAGAGGCCAAGAAGGCACCCAAGAAGAAAGCCAAGGGACCCUGGGUGGGCCCGAAGAAGGGCUCCUGGGUGAAGAUUUUGCGACCAGAGUCUUACUGGUUCCAGCAGCGUGGUCAGGUUGUGAACGUGAAUCAAAAGCCCGAAGUGAAGUACCCGGUGACAGUGAAGUUUGACUCGGUGAACUAUGCCAACGUCAAUACAAACGGCUAUGCGCUCUGGGAGGUGAUCGAAGCUCCGGCUCCUGGCCCGGGAGAGGCGACUUUCUGUGGCGGUGGCUUCAUGGGGCAACGGAUUACCAGCCCUUCCGGGACCUCCAUGGGCCAAGCGACUCCCAUGCAGUACGGUGUCGUCAACGGGCCUGUGGGCUCUGACCGCCGAAGCUCCAGCGAGAGCGGCAACACCGCAUCCUUCACGGAAACCUCGGGCCGCCGAUUUUCACCAUCUUCACCGAACGGCCAUGUUGCCAGAAAGCCUACAGACAGUGCGGAAGGUGGAUUCGUCUUCUCCAUGUACGAAGAAAACGACCUGAUCUCCCCUCAGGUUUCUCGCAUCCAUGGGCGGACAAUUCCGGAGGAAAAGCAAAGCAGUUUUGACUUGGAUGGUGGCAAGGUCAGGAAUGGAAGCAAGGAAGCCACUUGGGAACCAGGAUCUGCACAGUCACAGACCUUGCCGGGAGGAAGGCGCAUCUCCGAGGAUCCCGUGGCACCGCUGCCGCCUGCAGCAUCAAAGGCUAGCAAGCGACCGCAGACCAUUCGGAAGUCUCCACUUCUUUGGACAGAGGACGAGCUGGCAGCGUUCAUGGGAUGUUUGGGUCUCAGCACAGACAUCUGCCAGCGCGUCAUGGGCCGCAAAAUCAAGGGCGCCUCUCAGCUGCUCAGCAUGACAGAUGCACAGCUGCGGAAGUACUUGGGACUGGUGACGCCGGUAGAACGCCUGGUCGUCCGCCAUGCGCUCAAACGUCUUCUAGAUGCUGCCCGGUGGGAGAACAACGUGUGCGGUCACAAGGGCAUGGACAUCCUCAGUGAUUCUGUCCUCAGUCAUUACAUUGUACCGAAAGAGGAGCUGACACUAGUUUCGAGGAUCUCGCAGGGUGGCUACGGAACAGUCUACCGUGGUGUUCUGGAACCCAAAGUGGACCGGGCUGGCGGCACCUUUCAGGCACGACGAACACAUCUCGUGGCAGUCAAGGACAUGAAGGGAGAGCGUCGGGUCCAGCUGUACGAGCUAUUGAAAGAGGCCUGCGUCAUGGCGUCCUUGAGCCAUCCCAACAUUUGCACGUUUGUGGGUGUCAGUAUGGACCCGGAGAAGAAGAGACACUACAUCAUUUCUGAGCUAAUGGAUUGUUCGCUUUUCGACAUGAUUCACCAGCCGUACAAACUGCGCUGGCAUGGAGAGUUGACCGUGGCGCUGUCCCUGAGCCUGGGGACGGGCAUCAUCUCAGGAAUCUGUUACAUCCAUCAGAAGAACCUUGUCCACGCUGACCUGAAGUCCUCCAACAUUCUGAUUGAUUAUACCUCGUCCUCGCGGCACCCAGUUCCUCGCAUCUGCGACUUCGGCCAUGCAGCAGUGCGGUGCCACCCGUCGCCGCACCACCGUUGCGGCACGCCCCACUGGGCCAGCCCCGAGGUGCUGCGCGGGGAGGCGCUCGGCCCGGCUGCAGAUAUCUACUCCUUCGGGGUGAUGCUGUGGGAGAUGCUGACACAAAAGCUUCCACACAAGGACAUGAGCUUUGGCCAGGUCUUGGCGUCGGUAGGUUGGGCUGGCAGCACGCCGGAUAUGGCUCAGCUACCAGAGCUUCCGAAGGAGGUAAAUCGGAUCAUCAAGGAGACUCGGGAGGAUCACAACACCGAGAAAUACUCAGAGAAAGGGCCGGUUGAAGCAUAG